CUGCUUGUUUUGUCUGCAAGUGAUAUGUGGCUAUCUAACAUUCUCACCUCAUGCGAUGUUCGACACCACUGAUUGAUUAGUUAGCAGCGAGUGUAACUGAGUCCAUGGAACAAGUAGUGGGUUUCUCUUCCCACUUUACCCACACAAAAACCAACAUAAACAGACAAAACGCAAGGGCAAAAAGGUAAAACAAAAACUCCCUCCUUCAUCUAAAAGCAUCGCCACACACAAACACACUCACUGGUGCUACCCACACAACACAAUGGCGGCCACCGCUUCCAGAACCACCCGAUUCUCUUCUUCCUCUUCACACCCCACCUUCCCCAAACGCAUUACUAGAUCCACCCUCCCUCUCUCUCAUCAAACCCUCACCAAACCCAACCACGCUCUCAAAAUCAAAUGUUCCAUCUCCAAACCCCCCACGGCGGCGCCCGUCACCAAGGAAGCGCCGACCACGGAGCCCUUCGUGUCACGGUUCGCCUCCGGCGAACCUCGCAAGGGCGCGGACAUCCUUGUGGAGGCGCUGGAGAGGCAGGGCGUGACGACGGUGUUCGCGUACCCCGGCGGUGCGUCGAUGGAGAUCCACCAGGCGCUCACGCGCUCCGCCGCCAUCCGCAACGUGCUCCCGCGCCACGAGCAGGGCGGCGUCUUCGCCGCCGAAGGCUACGCGCGUUCCUCCGGCCUCCCCGGCGUCUGCAUUGCCACCUCCGGCCCCGGCGCCACCAACCUCGUGAGCGGCCUCGCCGACGCUUUAAUGGACAGCGUCCCAGUCGUCGCCAUCACCGGCCAGGUCCCCCGCCGGAUGAUCGGCACCGACGCCUUCCAAGAAACCCCGAUCGUGGAGGUGAGCAGAUCCAUCACGAAGCACAACUACCUCAUCCUCGACGUCGACGACAUCCCCCGCGUCGUCGCCGAGGCUUUCUUCGUCGCCACCUCCGGCCGCCCCGGUCCGGUCCUCAUCGACAUUCCCAAAGACGUUCAGCAGCAACUCGCCGUGCCUAAUUGGGACGAGCCCGUUAACCUCCCCGGUUACCUCGCCAGGCUGCCCAGGCCCCCCGCCGAGGCCCAAUUGGAACACAUUGUCAGACUCAUCAUGGAGGCCCAAAAGCCCGUUCUCUACGUCGGCGGUGGCAGUUUGAAUUCCAGUGCUGAAUUGAGGCGCUUUGUUGAACUCACUGGUAUUCCCGUUGCUAGCACUUUAAUGGGUCUUGGAACUUUUCCUAUUGGUGAUGAAUAUUCCCUUCAGAUGCUGGGUAUGCAUGGUACUGUUUAUGCUAACUAUGCUGUUGACAAUAGUGAUUUGUUGCUUGCCUUUGGGGUAAGGUUUGAUGACCGUGUUACUGGGAAGCUUGAGGCUUUUGCUAGUAGGGCUAAGAUUGUUCACAUUGAUAUUGAUUCUGCCGAGAUUGGGAAGAACAAGCAGGCGCACGUGUCGGUUUGCGCGGAUUUGAAGUUGGCCUUGAAGGGAAUUAAUAUGAUUUUGGAGGAGAAAGGAGUGGAGGGUAAGUUUGAUCUUGGAGGUUGGAGAGAAGAGAUUAAUGUGCAGAAACACAAGUUUCCAUUGGGUUACAAGACAUUCCAGGACGCGAUUUCUCCGCAGCAUGCUAUCGAGGUUCUUGAUGAGUUGACUAAUGGAGAUGCUAUUGUUAGUACUGGGGUUGGGCAGCAUCAAAUGUGGGCUGCACAAUUUUACAAGUACAAGAGACCGAGGCAGUGGUUGACCUCAGGGGGUCUUGGAGCCAUGGGUUUUGGAUUGCCUGCGGCUAUUGGUGCUGCUGUUGCUAACCCUGGCGCUGUUGUGGUUGACAUUGAUGGGGAUGGUAGUUUCAUCAUGAAUGUUCAGGAGUUGGCCACUAUAAGAGUGGAGAAUCUCCCAGUUAAGAUAUUGUUGUUGAACAAUCAGCAUUUGGGUAUGGUGGUUCAGUGGGAGGAUAGGUUCUACAAGUCCAAUAGAGCUCACACCUAUCUUGGAGAUCCGUCUAGCGAGAGCGACAUAUUCCCAAACAUGCUCAAGUUUGCUGAUGCUUGUGGGAUACCGGCAGCGCGAGUGACGAAGAAGGAAGAGCUUAGAGCGGCAAUUCAGAGAAUGUUGGACACCCCUGGCCCCUACCUUCUUGAUGUCAUUGUGCCCCAUCAGGAGCAUGUGUUGCCGAUGAUUCCCAGUAAUGGAUCCUUCAAGGAUGUGAUAACUGAGGGUGAUGGUAGAACGAGGUACUGAUUGCCUAGACCAAAUGUUCCUUGAUGCUUGUUUUGUACAAUAUAUAUAAGAUAAUGCUGUCCUAGUUGCAGGAUUUGGCCUGUGGUGAGCAUCAUAGUCUGUAGUAGUUUUGGUAGCAAGACAUUUUAUUUUCCUUUUAUUUAACUUACUACAUGCAGUAGCAUCUAUCUAUCUCUGUAGUCUGAUAUCUCCUGUUGUCUGUAUUGUGCCGUUGGAUUUUUUGCUGUAGUGAGACUGAAAAUGAUGUGCUAGUAAUAAUAUUUCUGUUAGAAAUCUAAGUAGAGAAUCUGUUGAAGAAGUCAAAAGCUAAUGGAAUCAGGUUACAUAUUCAA